AUGCAUUAUGGGUAUUUUAGUGCGGGGGAAAUUUGGAGCGAGAUAAUAAAAACAAAACUCUAGAGCGAUUGUGAAGAAUAAUGUCUUUACGACUCCCAAGGAUAGCUGAACAGCUUUUUAAAGAGGUUCGUCUUUGCAAACUGCAUCACGAAAUGUUAACCGAUGAACUUAUGUCAGCACUUUACUUUGUAUUUCACGAGCCUGUCCUACAUGGUCUAGACCUUGUGGAUAGACGAAGUAUUACCAAGCUUGUCUCUCCAAGUGGGAGGACAAUCUAUCAGGUGAUUAUGAGAUGUUUGACAGUUGUUUCCAUACUAAAGGUGAUCGGCAGUGCUGGACAAAUGUACACAUGCCUCCUGUCGUCUGAUUACUGCACAUGUCCAUCAUACACAUAUACUGUGUUGGUGAAAAUGGAUUCAAUUUUGUGUAAGCAUCUUCUGGCAGCCCAUCUAGCGGAGGCUCUUGGCAAUAUUAAAGAGAAAAGGGUAUUGGACCACGAGGUUAUGACAUUUACCACGCAAGAUUUUUAAGUCAAGAAACAACACACCAGCCUGGAGGCAAGCAAUACUGUCUUUUCCAUAUGACCCCCACCCCCUGCACGUGGUCAUCAGCCAACAGACAUCAAUAUGA